UGUCCAAAAGAUGAACAGUAAUGACAUGGAAGAAAUUAGCAAGAAGAAGAGGUGGUAGUACAAUGAUUGGUCCACACGACUAUAGGAAGUUUCACAUACCAUUUCUGUCAUAACUUUUCUCAUAAGUUAUAAAGUUACUUAUCAAAGACUUCACAGACCACAAAAACUUCUCAUUCAUAUUCUCAUGGCUAUGCAAUCACCUUCCUCUUCCACUUCAAUUUCCUAUGAUUACAAAUACCAAGUAUUCCUCAGUUUCAGAGGAAGUGACACUCGGUACGGUUUCACCGGCAAUCUCUACAAGGCUCUUACUGACAAGGGAAUCAACACCUUCAUUGAUGACAAUGGUCUUCAAAGAGGAAAUGAAAUCACACCAUCACUUCUCAAGGCCAUUGAAGAGUCUAGGAUUUUUAUUCCUGUGUUUUCUAUCAACUAUGCCUCUUCUUCGUUUUGUUUGGACGAACUUGACCACAUCAUUCAUUGCUACAAGACAAAGGGUCGCCCUGUUUUGCCUGUUUUCUUUGGUGUGGAUCCUUCUCAUGUGCGACAUCAUAAAGGUAGUUAUGGUGAAGCAUUGGCUGAGCAUGAAAAGAGGUUUCAAAAUGAUCCGAAAAACAUGGAGAGGUUGCAGGGAUGGAAAGACGCUCUGAGCCAGGCUGCUAACUUGUCCGGCUACCAUGAUAGUCCUCCUGGAUAUGAAUACAAGCUUAUUGGAAAGAUAGUCAAAUACAUCUCCAACAAGAUCAGUCGACAGCCCUUAAAUGUUGCCACUUACCCUGUUGGAUUGCAGUCUCGAGUACAACAAGUGAAAUCGCUUCUUGAUGAAGGAUCUGAUCAUGGGGUCCAUAUGGUUGGAAUUUAUGGGAUUGGAGGCUUGGGAAAAUCAACACUUGCGAAAGCAAUUUAUAACUUUAUUGCUGAUCAAUUUGAAUGCUCAUGUUUUCUUGAAAAUGUGAAAGAGAGUUCAGCUUCAAAUAACUUGAAAAAUCUCCAGCAGGAGCUCCUUUUAAAAACACUUCAACUUGAAAUUAAGUUAGGAAGUGUUAGCGAAGGAAUUCCUAAAAUAAAGGAAAGGCUACAUGGAAAGAAGAUUCUUUUGAUUCUUGAUGAUGUUGACAAACUGGAUCAGCUAGAUGCUUUGGCUGGAGGACUUGAUUGGUUCGGUCCUGGAAGCAGAGUCAUCAUCACCACCCGAGAUAAACACUUACUAGACUGUCAUGGGAUAGAAAAAACAUAUGCAGUAGAAGAGUUGAAUGGGACAGAAGCUCUUGAAUUGUUGAGGUGGAAGGCUUUUAAAAAUGAGAAAGUUCCUUCAAGUUAUGAAGACAUUUUAAAGCGUGCAGUUGUAUAUGCUUCUGGCCUUCCAUUAGCGAUAGAAGUAGUGGGUUCUAACUUGUUUGGAAAGAGUAUUGCAGAAUGUGAGUCUACAUUAGAUAAGUAUGGAAGAAUUCCACAUAAAGAUAUCCAAAAGAUACUUAGACUCAGCUAUGAUGCUUUGGAAGAAGAGGAGCAGAGUGUCUUUUUGGAUAUUGCUUGUUGCAUCAAAGGAUGUAGAUUGGAGAAAGUCAAACAGAUACUUCAUGCUCAUUAUGGUUAUUCCAUAGAAAGCCACAUUGGAGUGUUGGUUGAUAAGUCUCUCAUAAAUAUUAGUUGGUGCUGUUUCAGUGGUAUCAAAGUGACAUUACAUGAAUUGAUAGAGGUCAUGGGUAAAGAAGUCGUCCGACAAGAAUCACCUAAAGAGCCUGGAGAAAGAAGCAGGUUAUGGUCUCAAGAUGAUAUAGUUCAUGUUUUAAAAGAAAACACUGGAACUGGUAAAACUGAAAUGAUAUGUAUGAAUUUGCACUCUAUGGAAUCUGUAAUAGACAAGAAAGGAAAGGCCUUCAAAAAGAUGACAAGAUUGAAAACACUUAUUAUUGAAAAUGGCCAUUGUUCUAAAGGUCUCAAGUAUCUUCGAAGCAGUUUGAAAGCAUUGAAAUGGGAAGGAUGUUUAUCAAAGUCUCUAUCGUCUAGUAUUUUAAGCAAGAAGUUCCAGGAUAUGACAAUCUUGAUAUUGGACCAUUGUGAAUAUUUAACACAUAUACCCGAUGUCUCAGGGCUUUCAAAUUUAGAAAAGUUAUCAUUUGAAUAUUGUAAGAAUUUAAUUACAAUUCACAAUUCGAUUGGACACCUAAAUAAACUUGAAAGGUUAAGUGCAUUUGGUUGCAGGACGCUCAAACGUUUUCCACCUUUAGGGUUGGCAUCUCUUAAAGAAUUGAAGCUUUCUUGUUGUUAUAGUCUCAAAAGUUUUCCAAAAUUAUUAUGCAAGAUGACAAAUAUAGACAAGAUUUGGUUUUGGUAUACUUCCAUACGAGAAUUGCCAUCUUCAUUUCAAAAUCUCAGUGAACUUGAUGAGUUAUCAGUACGGGAAUUUGGAAUGCUGAGGUUCCCAAAACAUAAUGAUAGAAUGUAUUCUAUAGUGUCACCAUCUUAGUCAUAUUAAUUUGUAUGAUUGCAAAUCUCUUGAGGAAAUUAGAGGGAUUCCACCAAAUCUUGAAGUGGUUGAUGCUUAUGGAUGUGAAUCAUUGAGUUCAUCAAGUAGAAGAAUGUUAAUGAAUCAGGAACUACAUGAGGCUCGAUGCACUUAUUUUUAUUUCCCAAACGGAACAGAGGGGAUACCAGAUUGGUUUGAGCACCAAAGCAGGGGAGACACAAUUUCUUUCUGGUUUCGUAAAGAAAUCCCUUCUAUGACUUAUAUUUGUAUUCCUACAGAAGGCAAUAAUUGGUCGGCUGUCACAAGAGUCAAUUGUUUUGUGAAUGAAUAUGAAGAUAGAUUAUUGUCACCGCUUUAGCUAUGUGUACCUUAAGCAUACAAAUUUGUUUCAUACCCCGAAAUUGAAUGAACUCAGUAAAAGACAAUUUGAGUAUAUAAUGGACAAAGGACUUUUGAAAAAUGAAUGGAUCCAUGUGGAAUUUAAGUUGAAGGAUCGUGACAAUAUAAUAUUCAGAAAUGCACAAAUGGGAAUCCACGUGUGGAAAGAGAAAAGCAACACGGAGGAGGAGAAUGUGGUAUUUAUCAAUCCUUAUAUUAGAAAGACAAAAUCAAAUGAAUAUCUCAAUGCUUCAUUAUCACAAAAGAAACGGAAACGAAAUAAAUUUUCAAUCCGUAUAAAUCUUCAGAAAAAGAUUUGGGUGCAUCCUAAAUUCAGGGCUAGAUUCAGAAAACAAAAGGAGCACCGGACCUAGAUUCUCUCAAUUAAUCACAGGUUUGUGGUUUUCUGUUUAAACUUUUGCAUUGUUGCAGUCUAAAAUAUUGUUUGAAUUUAAUGUGCAGGAUGUUUUGUAGCACAAACAAUUCUCAUUGAAGCAUGUCUGGUGCCCAACAAGUGUUUGUGUUCGACACAUGCGAUUACAUAAAGGAGAAUACGUAGCUGUCACAUAAGGAUGCUUGGAAUCCAUCUCUCACAGCCUUCAGCUGAAUCCCUUUGGUCCAGAAUUUUUAAAAGGUGUAGUGGAGUUUGGCAACUUUCACACAAUGUCUAAUAAAUUGCAACAGAUCCUAAAAGAAUGUUGUUACAAGAAACCAUCUGUAGUUGUCUGGCUUUCGGCGUUGUCAUUCGAGAUGUGUAGAGAUGGUUCACACCACAGAAUCUAUGGCUUGUACGAAAGGGUAUUGGGUUGAAGCAACUAUGGUAAUGAGCUUUCUGAUGUACAGGAAGUAAUGUGGGAUAAAGAACUGAAUCUGACAACCGACAUUUAUAAGAUCCUUUUGCAUGAGUCACGACUUCCGUUCUUAAGAAUCAAACUACGGUGCUCUGGUAUUGAUAUAGUGAGACCUGAUGUAAGGUUUUGUGGAGGAUGUUUGUGCUGCAGAUAUUGUUUGAAUUUGAUGCUUUCAUUACUGUAUGUUUACAAGCAAGGAUUAGCUUGUAGAAUCAAUACAUGUAGAAGUACAUGUAAAUUCUGGAUGGCAACCUUGGAUAAUAAAUUUCUAUGUUUUACUUGCUUGUAGAA